GUUAUACCUAUGCAUGAUGUAGUCAUAAAUAUUUCUUCCCCAUAACAAAGACAAAUGUUGUGAAUAUGGAAUACAACGAAGACGUUUCUCAUAAAAGCUGGAAAGACAAGAUUGGCUCGAUUCUUCACAACAAAUUGUUCCAUGCUUUUGUUGUUGUUUUGAUAGUAUUAGAUGCUCUCAUAAUACUGAUGUUGUUACUUGUUGAUUUGAAUGUUAUACCAGUAUCAGGAGAAACCGAAGAAGCCAAAGACAAAAACCAUAAAAACGUGGAAAAUGGACUUCAUUACUUUGGGUUUUCCUUGAUCUGUCUCUUCGCAAUUGAGAUUGCUUUAAGAAUUAUUGUUGAUGGAGCGGAAUUUUUUAAAGAUAAACUCAGCGUUUUUGAUGCCGUUAUAGUAUUACUGUCAUUUAUAUUAGAUCUGGCUCUAACGUUUGCACCAGUCAGUAGAGCAGUUAGAGAUGUUUUUGAUGCCGUUAUAGUAUUACUGUCAUUUAUAUUAGAUCUGGCUCUAACGUUUGCACCAGUCAGUAGAGCUGUUACAGAUGUUUUUGAUGCCGUUAUAGUAUUACUGUCAUUUAUAUUAGAUCUGGCUCUAACGUUUGCACCAGUCAGUAGAGCAGUUAGAGAUGUUUUUGAUGCCGUUAUAGUAUUACUGUCAUUUAUAUUAGAUCUGGCUCUAACGUUUGCACCAGUCAGUAGAGCAGUUAGAGAUGUUUUUGAUGCCGUUAUAGUAUUACUGUCAUUUAUAUUAGAUCUGGCUCUAACGUUUGCACCAGUCAGUAGAGCAGUUAGAGAUGUGGUAAUCCUUAUGAUCCUUCUGCGACUAUGGAGAUUUUUUAAAUUGAUAUGUGCCGUGAAUAUAUGUGUACGGAAGGACAUGAAAGAAGAAUUAGAGAAAGAAAGAACAGCGAGAAUGAAAGCAGAGGUGGAACGGGACCAUUAUAAAGAAGUUUUACAAAAGAUACAAAAUGAUUCAUAAAGCUUCGCUCAGUUCAUUAUUUUAAUAUUAUAUAAUAAUAUUCAUUUAUCCUAUUUUAUGUGAUUGAAGAAUGCACUCCAAUGAGGAUUAUAUAAUUUAUAUAAGAUUAUGUCAUUGAGAUCUAUCAGUUAUCAUCGACUUGAAAAGCGGACUUCACAACUAGUCACUGUGGCCUUGAAUCUAGCUGUCUUGAAAGAACUGCCAGUAAAUGAAGUAAAAAAUAUAUACAUCACAAUAACGUCACAAAACAUCGACAACUGAACUAGAUAGACAUCAAAAGUUAAGUUGGCGGGAGGCUCAAAAACUGAAAAUAACACGAAUUCUAUACUAAUCUAGUAAAACAGUUUGGGAAAAGACAACCGUGAGCCUUCGGUAUAUUAAAAUAUAUUAAGCGUCUUCUGGUAUAGAAAAGUAACUCCUACCACAUCCGACACCACAAAUAUGUAUAUUUCACUCAUGCAUAUACAGUAAAUUUGCCCUGAUAGAAUUGACAUUAGAUUAGAUAUAUAAUGCAUUAUUUUCCUGUUUAUUUUUCAAAUUGUCAUAA